UUCAGAAGGAUAUCGUAUUGUUUUCCUAAAUAGCAUCUGCAUUGAAGCUGCCGUUUCUCGGGGCACAGGAGAGGGCAGGAUGAGGGUCCCCGCUGCCCUCACAGGCUGGCCUUGUGCCGCUCUCUGCCCGGCAUCCAGCUCCUCUACCUUCUCCCAUGGGACCGGCUCCAUGGCCUGUGUGGACAUGCAGCCCAAGCACAUUCCAGCCCAGCCUCAGCACCCCAGGACCCCCCACAUCACCAUUCUCACUGGCAGCUCUUCCGACUCACCGGGUGACACAGCUUCGGUGGCUGUGAGGGGCAGUCGUGAUUUCAUGGGCUUUCUACUUCAGGCCCAAAAGGAGUCUGAUCAUCAGAUAGCUGGCACUUUUGUUUUCAUUCCUCCUCAUUCCAAACCGAUGACUUGUUUUGAAGAGGCUGACACAGUCACCCACGUGGACAAGUGGAAGAGAAAUCUGUCGUUUGAGUGGCGGGCCCCCGCCCACCCCGUAAGGGACGUCAGGUUCCUAUAAGAGAUGAUCCAGUCAUAUUUCGUUUACUGGGUGAGGAUUGAAUCAUCUGUUGUGUCUCAACAGACACACAGUAGAUCUAGUUCUGAAAGCCAUGUGGAGCCUGGCUCACCUAUGCCAGCCCCUGGGCAGAGGCCGGAGGGCAUGGAAGGAACCGCCCCGGCCCCCAGGGUCCCCGUCAUUCUCCCUCAGCAACGCACAGAUAUCUCUGCUGUGGCCGUCCCUGGAGCUGCAGGAGAGGACAGCUUAGAUCUUGUUCCUGCCAAUGUUCGGGUGACAGAAUUUCCUGGGGCUGCAGAGACUCCGUUCCCAGCAUCUUCACGCAGAGCUGCCAUAGUCAGCGAAGGCCACCAGCCCAAUGGGGACAGCAACCGAACCCUGGAAGCAUCCCCGGACGUUCGUGGGCUGGAGAGGUUCAUGGCCAUCAGGGGAUUCUCCUCAGAGAGCUUUGCUUCCAGCCCUAGCACCCACCACAGGACUCAGAAUGAUCCAAGCUUUGAUUCAUUGGAAACUUGCCUACCCUCAGAUAGGGAUGAACAGGACAAGAUGAAGGCCUCAAAUAGGACGGUGAUGAGGCCUCCUCUGUACACUGUCCAUCUUUCCUAUACUCGCCUUUGGUCCUCUGGGGCACUCACUGGACAUGGGGCCAGGGCGGCCAAUCCAACCCCUGUCCUCCACACCUCUGCCACCUCCAGGCCACCCACUGCCAGUGGUCAGUCAGAGGCAUCAAGACCCUCUGCCAGCUUCCUGCCUCAGUCAAAGCACAAGGAGCCCAAAUUGAGGGAGGGCAAUGGAGAGAGUGGCGUGCGACACCCCAGGAAGACCAACCCAAGGCCUGAGCUUGGGCAAGACGAAGCCAGGGCUCCCUUGGGGAUCCAGCUCGGGACUCUGCAGCUGGGAAUCCUGCUUUGCCUUUCAGCUGCUUUGGGCAUGGCCGUGGCUGCUGGCCUUCACUACCGGCAUACCCAGUCUUGCCACAAGCAGACAGAAGUAUCCUUCAGUGAGCCUGCUGGGCACGCAGCUGCCAGGAGUGACGGAGACAAGAUCAUGCAUGUCAGGAGGAUUGGGGAGAACAGUUUUGUUUUGGUUGAAGCAUACAACUGGAUCACUCCCUCUGUGGGUAGCAAGAAAACAGUCCUCUGAGAAGGCUUCUCAGUGCCCCCCUUAAAUCCUGCAGAGUGUCUCAGCCAGAACAGAGCUACUGAGACUAGCUAAUGAGGACAGGGUUUCACUGUGCCUCCCAUCAGGGAACAGUUAAUGGAGGG